GACAGGAAUAAGACCUGCUAGAUGACUGAAUUGUCUAUUUUUGCAACAACAUCGCACCUUCUCAUACAAAGCAGAGACACAACACGAUAAGUCGAAUCCAGUCACAUGUAGUCAAAAAAGGAAGGGCAAGCGGUAUAUACCGGCAGAAUCAACCGUGGUUAGCGAGACAUGGUAAGAUGGGGCUCGGUAAAGCAAUGAAGAGCUGAACCAUGGUCCUUGUGGCGACUCUUCUAUUUUUGCACGAGAAUGGAUUUUCUACGGUUCGUUGGUUGGUUCGCGGAGUAUACGGAAGUUCUUUGUAUCGAGUAUUUCAGCAGCAUACAGGCGAAAUUAAUAACGGAUGCCAGGAUAAUAAUAGCAGCAGUGGUGUCAGUUUAGGCCGUCAAGACCGUCUGUGCAUGCACACAAGCAUUGAAUUGUCUUUCUCCCCGGACUAUCGUUAAUAGCGAGACUCUGGAAUGUUGAAUUUGGAGGUCGGAGAAUAUGCCAGGAAUAGCAGUACUAGUGGCACUGCCAGGGCGUCGUCAUCAGAUUGUCCCCGGAGGCCACUAGUUUUGACGGUUAUUUGUCC